AUGUCUCAAUUCAUCAAAACAUAUGGACGGAUUCGACCUUCCGCAAAUGGAAGCGGAACUUCUCCGCUCGUAUCAACGGACAAGGCUGUGAAUGUCGAUUUGGACAAUGGUCGAAAGACCUACGAGCUUCAUCGAAUCUUCAACAGUGCAGCAACACAAGAAGAUGUCUUCGCGUGCGUGUCCAAGAAGAUCGUGGAAGACAGUGCCGAUGGAUUCAAUGGCACGGUUUUUGCAUAUGGGCAGACAGGAUCCGGCAAAACUCAUACGAUGCUCGGCCCGACCAACUCGUGGUCUGAUCCAGAACACAAAGGACUGAUUCCGCGUUCGAUCGAAUACCUAUUCGAGCUUCUUGAUGCCAAAACUCGAGAAUUUCAAAAAUUCACAUUCUCAGUGAAUGUUGAAUUUGUGGAACUGUACAACGAGGAAAUUUACGAUUUGCUCAACCUCAAAAACAAAGUUCAAUUGAGAGACUUAGGAAAAGAAAUCCAACUGGACGGUGCCAAGUCAGAGACUGUCGAUAAUUCGCUUGACUUGAUGCACGUCGUUCAAAGAGGAUGGGUGUCAAGAAGCACAGGUUCAACAGCCAUGAACAACGAGUCUUCGAGAUCUCAUGCUCUUCUCAUCAUCAAAAUCAAGACGCAGGAAGUCACGGGUGGCCUUGUCAAAGAAAGAUCCUCCACACUGAAUCUUGUUGAUCUCGCAGGAUCCGAACGACAGUCUCAUACAAAAGCUACUGGAGAUCGCCUGAAGGAAGCGACAAAUAUCAAUUCAUCGCUGACAGUCCUCGGUCGCUGUAUUCGUAUCCUCUCAAAGCCAACAGCUGGAAGUUACGUUCCGUAUCGUGAUUCUCAUCUGACUCACAUCCUGAAGAACUCGCUCGGAGGAAACUCGAAAACUGCUGUAAUUGUCAACAUGCACCCAGAUCGUGAGUUCUUGGCAGAAAGCACGUCCACAUUGAAUUUCGCUCAAUCUUGUGCACUGAUCAAGAACGCUGCAACCAGAAACGAAGUGAUGACUGGCGACCAGGAGAACAGUUAUAAGAAGGCGAUCCAGGAGUUGAGACAGGAAGUCGAUGAAACACGUGCAAAGGUUCGGGAAGAGUUCGGCAAGAGGUUGGAUGAUUCGGAGGAGAUGCAACGUCGUCUAACGAAGGAGAACGAAGAGUUGAAGGCGGCUAAAAUCGACCUACAAUCACAAAUCGAUUUGGCUCGUGUGAAGUAUCUGUUCAACGGAGACGCAGAACAAUCCCUUGAAGAGCAUAAGAAGCUGAUUUCUUCACUUUCAGAUAAAAGUGCUUCUUCUCUGUAUACGGUUUGUGUCUUGAUGCACCUUCGAAUGUUUAAUAUUAGGACAUUUUUUCAGCUCAAGCUUGAGAAGGAGGCAAGUGAGAAACGGUGUCACCAACUUCAACAAGACCUCAACGAACUUCGAAGCAAGUAUGAGAGCAAUCUGAGCGAAACUCUUCGACUGCAGACUCCUAAUGGAAAAGUUCGCCAAAGCAGCUCGAGAUCCGAACGACGUCAGACUCUGUACAAACCGUCACCCGCCACAUUGGCUAACUAUGUGGAGGAGAGUGAAGUCGCUGAACGUCUUGACGAAGCUAACACGAUGAUCUGCAAAUUGGAAUCCGAGAAGCAGACGUUGCAAAGCAAGUGGGAGACCGCGACAGAGUCAUUCGUUGAAGCUGAAAAACAGAUCAAAGAGUUGGAAAGCUCAAAAAGCGUUCUGAUUACAGAAAAAGAGCAACUUUCGAAAGAGUUUGAUGCUGUCAGAAGAGAAAACGAGGAAAACGUUGAAAAGAUCAGCAAGAAUCGUAAAGAUCUGGACGGUUUACUACUCAAAAUUGCUGAGUAUGCCAAGGAAAUCGAGAACCGCAAACAGGAAAAAUUGACGAUCGAGGAAAAACAUGGAAAGGAGAUGGAUGAAGAGAAGAGUGCCCUUCAGAAGGAAUUGGCCAACAAGGCACAAUUAUUAGCUGAUGCCAAGAACGAUAUCAAAGAAUGUUCCAAGACUAGCUCUGAACUUCAUAGUAAAAUCGUCGAAAAGUCUGAGAUGAUAUCUACACUCAAGAAGAAAGUUGAGGAGAACGAUGCUGAACUCAAGAUCAAAGCGGAUUUGAUCGUUUCUUUGGAACAGGACAUUGCCAAGAAAGCCGAGUUGAUCAAACAACAAGCAGCGAAGCUGGAUGAAAAUGUCACCGCUCUGUCAGAACAAAAUUCCUUGAAGAGACGAAUUGAGGAAGCGAUCGAAAUUGAAGAGAACUGGAAGAAACGUUACGCGGCGCUCGAAGAUAAACUGCAAACCGAGUUCAACGAUCAUCAAAGGGACAUAAAAAAUCUAAAAGCAAAGAAAGACGCUGAAAUCAAAGAAUACAAGGAAACGUUGCAGUUACAAUCAAAUAUGCUCAAGGAACAAGGGACGAAAGCUGAGAAGCAGUUGAUCCAAAAACGACAGGAGUUUGACAAGAAAGUAGAGGAAAUGGAGCAACAGUUUGCCCAGAUGAGCACAGCCGCUCUCAAGAAGCAGGAGGAGAAAAUCAGGCGUGACAGUAUGCUGCAGUACGAGAGUACCAUUCAAGAUAAACAGGACGAGAUAACUGAGCUGAAAAACCUGAAUGAGUUCUACUCGAAGCAACACGAUGAAGAUUCCCAUGCAAUCGCAAACAUGAUGAACACGAGGCAGGGCAAAUUGUCCUACGUUGAGAAGAUUCGUCUCGAUAAGAUGGAGCAAGAGAAGACUAUCAUCCAGCAGCGGGCCACAAUUGAUCGACUCUCCAAGGGACACCGAGAAGCCAAUAGACCAGUCCUUCGCAGUCGCAACCAGGAAGCAGCACCACAAUGA